UCUGUAAAGAAUCAAAAAAUAAAUAAAAAUCAUAAUCGUUCAACCAACAGAAUUAUAUAUGAUGUCCAACUAUUGUCUUGUUAUCAUUCACAAUCACGUUUAUAACGUUAAUAUCUGUUAUUAGUUGAUAUUCGAUAAACAACUCUGCGAGCAAACAGAUAGUUAAUCCCGUCACGUUUUAUAAAAUGUCGACCGCAUUUCCAUUACUUCAGAUAAUUCAAUCAUGUUUUGGUUGACGCUUGUAACGUGUUCCCUGUCCAUUUCAUGGGGUGCGGCAGUGGACGUAAACUGGUACAAGAACAUCAUCGUGUACCAAAUCUAUCCGAGGAGCUUCAAAGAUAGCAACGGAGACGGUAUCGGUGACCUGAAUGGCAUUACGAGCAAGUUAGAGCAUGUCGUAGACAUAGGCGCUAAGGCCGUCUGGCUGUCGCCGAUUUACAAAAGCCCGCAAGUCGACUUCGGCUACGACAUCUCCAACUUCACGGACGUCGACCCGAGUUAUGGAACUUUGGCCGAUUUCGACCGGCUGGUAGCCAAAGCCAAGAAGCUCAAGCUCAAAGUGAUUAUGGAUUUCGUGCCUAAUCACAGCUCUAACCAGCAUCCCUGGUUCCAGAAAAGUGUUCGCAAGGUUAAACCGUACGACGGGUACUACAUCUGGCAGAACGGCAAGAUCGUCAACGGGAAGAGACAGCCACCAAACAAUUGGCUGAGCAACUUUGGGGGCUCGGCCUGGCAAUGGAGCGACGUGCGCAAGCAAUAUUAUCUGCACCAAUUCGCUGCGGCACAACCGGAUUUGAAUUAUCGCAGCGCGGCAUUGAAUCAGGAGAUGAAGAACGUGUUGACGUUCUGGAUGAAUCGCGGGGUCGACGGUUUUCGCAUCGACGCGAUCAAUUUCAUGUUCGAGGACGCCAAGUUUCGGGACGAGCCACGCAGCAACAAAACCGGCAUCCCUAAGGACGACUACGACAGCUUGGUCCACAUUUACACGAAGGAUCAAAACGAGACCCACGUAACGUUGAAAAGCUGGAGGAAACUGAUGGACGAACACUCGAAUCGUACGAAAUCCGAUCCAAAGCUGAUUCUCACGGAAGCGUACACCACUCACGAUCUGACCAUUAAAUACUACGACGCUGGCUCCAAUGUUCCUUUUAACUUCAUGUUCAUCAACCAACUGAACAACAAAUCUAGCGCAAUGGACUUUAAAAAUCUGAUCGACAAGUGGGUGAAGACAGUGCCCAGAGGCAACGUUCCGAAUUGGGUGGUGGGUAAUCACGACAACCAUCGCGUGGCCACGAGAUUUGGUCGCCGACGAGCCGAGCAGAUUAUCCAGAUGUCGAUGAUUCUACCUGGUAUAUCGGUGAUUUACAACGGCGACGAGAUCGGAAUGGUGGACAGAAACUUCACGUACGCCGAGACGGUGGACCCGGCUGGUUGCAAUGCCGGUCGCAACAGAUACUACUUGAAAACUAGAGAUCCCGAAAGAACACCGUAUCAGUGGAACAACAGCACCAGCGCCGGUUUUUCUACGAAAGCGAAAACUUGGCUACCAGUGCACCCGAAUUAUAAGAACCUGAACCUGGAAGCUCAGAAGAAAGUAUCCUACUCGCAUUACCAGCAUUUCAAAAGUUCAACGAACUUGAAGAAACGAGCAGUGGUCGCGCAUGGCUCCUUAAAAGUUAUCAUAUACCCACGAUACAAGAUUUUAAGUAUUUCUCGCACUUUAGGAUUCGACACUGUGGUAACGUUGUUUAAUUUCGACAAAGUAUCUGUCACUUUAGACGCUAAAACUGCACUGCCAUUUCCUUCUGAUCUGGUAGUUCAUACUGUUAUUGGUGAUUCUGAUUUUCGUCUGGGUACCAUUGUUUCCACGGAUUCGAUAACUCUUCCGGAAUCUUCCGCUAUCGUCUUUACCACUCCCAAUUUAUUUUGGUCAAAGGACGAGGACGUUUAAUAUUCAUAUCACUAUAAUGUUUAAUUUUUAUAUAAUUUUAUAUAAUUAUGUUCCACGAAGCUGUUUUAUCCUGAUUGUUUAUAGAUAUAGUUGAGCAAUUAAAUAAUUUGAUUAUAAUUAAUGUGAGAUCAUACAUGAUUAUCGUUUAUUAUACAAAUUGUUAUUAAAUAAUCAGUGAUUAUUGAAUGAAUUAAUGAAUGAAAAGUCGUGAUUGAUUUAAAAAUCAUAAUCUUGUAUAGAUGAAUGAAUAAAGGUAUGAAUAUCUUCUUUGUUUUCUGAAAUAUGAACAAAUUU